AUGGAGAAGCUGGUAGCUGACUUGGGUAUCCAGUUCCUUCAUUCUACCCCGUAUUAUGCCCAGUUUAAUGGCCAGGCUGAGGCUAGUAACAAGAUUAUCAUCACCCUUCUGAAGAAGAUGCUCACGGAGAAUCCUUUUCUACCUUUGGAGAUCAAUGUUCAAUCUCUGCGAGUCCAGGACCAACAUCAUCUGAUUGGCGAGGAUUAUGUCCAGGCCAUGUGGCAAGAGCAUGAAGACUUGAGUGAACAGCGUCUGGCGGCCUUGGAUAACUUAGUACUCGAAAAACAACGAGUUGCUCGGGCCUAUGAUAAGCGGACACGCGACCGCAACUACAAGGAGGGUGAACUCAUCUGGAAGGCAGUGCUUCCGUUCGGUGAGAAAUUAACCGGCCGCUGCAAAUGGACUCCGCGCUGGGAGGGACCCUUUGUCAUUCAUAAGAUUCUUGACCAGGGGGCAUUUCAACUUAUGAAUUUGGAUGGCGAAAUUCAUCGUAAUCCUAUUAACGGCAGAUUCUUGAAGAAGUAUUAUCCCAACGUGUGGGAGUUUGAAGAUCUGCCAGUUACACCAGCCUCCAUGACAGGGGGCCAAACAUAG